ACAUUGACAACUGUCUGACGUGACUAGAAUGGAAAUGACUGCAUGAGUUUUCCGGUUUUCCGACAUUACUGAAAUUCUAUUACUUAUUUGGUUAAUAUAAGAUUGUUUAUUGCUUUAGUAGAUAAAACAAGAUAAAUAUGUCGUACAAUUACGAAGAUCUCAGCAUUGGAGAAAUAAAAGACCUAAUGCGGCAAUGGCGGGAGAACAACGAGCGGCGCAGCGAGGACGUGAUGGAGUUCUGGGUCACCAUCAUGGACGACAUAAACAGCCUCGGCAAUGAGAAGUAUGUGAUCCUGGAGCAAGUGCUGUAUGCGGCACUGGACACACACACAUACAGCGUGUCCAAGCAGUGCAUCUCCAUGCUGAAGCAGGAGUUCCCGGGCAGCAUGCGCGUCAUGCGCUAUAAGGCGGCACAGCUCGAGGCAGAAGAAAGAUAUGAAGAAGCCCUGGAGCUGCUGGACGUGAUCAUCAAGGCGGACGAGACGAACGCGGCCGCGCGCAAGCGCAGGGUCGCUAUCCUCAAGGCGCAGGGACUCAUAGUCGAGGCCAUCAAGGAGCUGGUCGACUACCUGAAGAAGUUCAUGUCAGACGUGGAGGCGUGGCAGGAGCUGUGCGAGCUGUACCUGCAGACGGGCGAAUAUGCGCGGGCAGCCUUCUGCGCCGAGGAGCUGCUGCUGCACCAGCCGCACAGCCACCUGCACCUGCAGCGGCUGGCCGACAUCCGGUACACCAUGGGCGGCAUGGAGAACAUGGAGCUGGCAAAGACCUACUACUGCCAGGCCGUGAAGCUCAACCCGGACAACAUGAGAGCGCUGCUUGGACUAUUUUUGGCGACGAACAAUUUGCUGAACUACUACAAGUCCUCCGGCAACAGCGGCAAGCGCCAGGAGGUGCUCAAACUGUGCCAGUGGUCGCAGAGCUCGGCGGCCAGGAGGCAGCAGCGGGCGGCCGGCGCCGCGCCCGCGCCCGCGCCGCUCGCGCGCCUGCUGGCCGCGCUCGCCCUCGCCGAGUAGCCCCGCCCCGCGUCACCACACACGAGACACACUGCCACUGCACUGCACCAUCUACUCGAUCCCACACACUGCCGUUGUACUAUGUGUAUAUGUUACUUUACACCUACAUACUACCUCGGCCUCCGCUUUAAUCAUUAUUGCUGAUGCGCCGUCACUAAAUUGUAAAAUUUCCACAUGAACAUUUUCAGAAACAUCUCGUAUUUAUAUGCGUAUCGACAUUUUCCAUUACCGAGGGGGCAGACAGGAGUAAAUCUGGUUUCACCACACCGACUGGUAAAGGCCUCCUUAAUUGUUCAAAAACUAAUGAGAAAGUUGCAUUUUAUCUACACGUGGGGCAAAGUAAUCAGAUGCAAAUUUUGAGUUGUUUCCUUAUGUUAACUAGUGGAAUUGACUUUUAACCUUUUGACCGCCAAAGACGUCAUAUGACGCGCGCGGCUACAGCCCAAUAUCAACCUUUAUGCGUGCCGACAAGGUUCACGAUUACGCAUACGAUACGCGUGGCGUUCAAAAGGUUAAAUAAUAAUUUUGAAUGAUAAUUUUUUACUGCGUUCAAUUUAAUUUGAUUUAUUUAAUAUUUCAUAGUUAGUAUUUGCGUUCUCGCGUUGAUGUAGUGACAAACUUUGUAUUUCACUCGGACGUAAAGUUUGUUUAACCCUCGUGUCUUAACUCGCAACGCUCAAAAUUCCACUUCUCGAACCACUCGCUACGCUUGUGAUUCAAUUUUAGAAUCUUUUUCUCGGGUAUCAAUAACAGCACGAGCGGUUAACCAACAACCUUGCCCCCUUCUAAACCAAUAACUAUUCCAUGUAUCCCUGGAAACAUACAAACCAUUUAUCCCCACCUCAUGUAAUCAAAAAGGGGACAGAAUACUCCAUAUGUAAAAAAAAAUUAUCGUAUUUACGGACAGUAUCGAAUUUAGACAUAUGUAUGUUACAAUACAAGAAAAUCCUCGGACCAUAUUUUCAGCUGAUUAUACAUCUACGUUAUGUAGUUGACUAUCUCAAUUUACAUGCGAAUUUGAAUAUAAAAUAAAAAUAUUUAUCAUAAAGAUAAUCUAAAAAUAAAUGCAAUCAUAAUAAUGGCAUCAUCACUGCCAAGUUUAUUAUCAACAAACUAUUUCAGUCACACUUAUUUAAUAAAUCACUAAAACGUGUAGACUCCACCGAUCUCCCCCAGGCCGUUGAUGGUACAAAAUAAGUUACAACAUAAUGUAUAGAUAUACAAUAUAUAUGAAUAAAGUAAUUAAGUAACAUCCGCCCUGUGUCCGCCCCGGCGCCCCCGGCCGGCCGCCGCCCGCCUGGCGCGCCGCGGCUCCGCCCCGGAGUUGAAGUACUUCUCCCUGAUCAAACAUGACAUUACUGUACCGCCGUGCAUUCAAUAGUACAUUAUUAUCGAGGCUCGCAAGUAGCUACUUCUUGGCUGAGGAUUCGUUUAGAACAGACGACCUUGGGAAUCUGUUUAAUUGAAUCCGUAGCCAAGCUAGUAGUCUUCCAGCGGGGUCAGAUACUUAUAGUGCUUUUCUCAAAAAUGGCGCAUAAAAUAUAAAUAUACAUGGAAUAGAAAUAUUUUACAGAAGCAACGUUCUUACGUAUAUAUUUUCACAAUUUUUCUUUUUAAUUUUUCUUAUUUGGAGUGUUUAAAAACAAUUGAAAAUUGGUUUGCUUUGCCGCCUUUUUAUCACUUAAUAAAAAAAUAGAAGUGUAUUUUUCUGCCGAAAACCUAUUUGAGACAGCUAAAUAGUCGCGGUACCAAUAUUAUAAUAAUAAGUUGAUGAGCUGUUCAUUUGAUCUGGCCAUUACAACUUCUUUUCGACAAAUAAUGGAAUUUGUGUGCAACAUUGCAGUCCUGAAAUCGAGACUGCAAUAUUUUAACCUUUUGAAUUUUUGGUUGACCAUAAACUACGCACUUUGCGACCUAUUUUUUAACUAGCAAAGUCGACUUUACCGUCCAUUUUUGAGAAAAGGUAUAUUAUUAUUAAAGAUUACAACUGAACACA